AUGUUGUUUGCUUGUGCUAUCAUUGCUCUUAUUGUUAUGCUAUUCAGCCACUGGGUGUAUAGGUGGAGAAACCCCAAGUGUAACGGGGUAUUACCACCAGGUUCGAUGGGACUACCAAUUAUAGGAGAAACAAUUGAGUACUUGACCCCUUAUGCAACAGAUGAUCUCCCACCAUUCCUACAAAAAAGAAUCUCAAGGUACGGGCCAAUUUUUCGCACGAAUAUACUUGGGCAGUCGGUCGUUAUAUCAACUGAUGCUGAAGUCAACUACCGUGUCUUCCAGCAAGAAAAUAAUGGUUUCGAGCUCUGCUAUAGUGAGAGUUUCACCCGGAUAACUGGGAAACAAGGUUUAGCUGGCUAUCAUGGAGACUUCCACAAGUACCUUAGGAGCUUAAUGUUGAAGCUUGUUAGCCCUGAAGCCUUAAGAGAGAAGAUGAUAAACGACAUGGUUGACAACACUCGAGAGCAUCUAAGUUCUUGGAGUAAACUUGGAAAAGUAGAUGCUAAAGAUGGAACUGAUGAGGUAAAUUAA